AUCACGUGAUCCCCGCCCAGUUCCCGAUCGGAGUCCGAGAGUCAUGGAGCUGCCGGCUGUCAAUCUCAAGGCGAUUGUCUUCAUUCAUUGGCUGCUGACUAUAUUCGCAUGUAUGAUUCAAUGGCUACCUGGUGCCUAUUAUCUAGCGAACAUUACCGUCCUAGCCAUGGGUGUCUGGGCAGUCGCCCAACGAGACUCUGCUGAUGCAAUCUUAAUGUUUCUCAUUGGCUUGGCGACCACAGUCAUUAUAGACAUUCUACUCUUUGCGUUAUUUUAUGCCACAGCGGAGGCACUGUAUGAAACUUCGACAUCUAGAGAUUUAUUUCGGUUUGCUGGUGGUAUGGCCAUUUUAAGUCUGAUCUUCAAACCCUUGUCAUGUUUCUUCUCUUACCACAUGUACCGUGAGCGAGGCGGGGAGUGCAGCGUCAAUCUGGAAAAGGCUUCCUAUCCAGCUGGAUACAAAACCCAGACGGAACCAGGAUUCCUUAACGUCUCACGAGACCGCAGUGCUUAUCAAACGAUCGAUCAUCUCGAUUCUCCACCAGAACAGGACAGUAAAGCAACUCUGCGUUCCUACUAGAACAAUGAGACUCUGAUCAUUUGGCAUUUAACUCUGGACCAAGAAGGUUGAUGGUUCGGGAACCAGAGAUUCUUGAGGAAUACGAUCUUUCACUUUCUAGAUCUUCUUCUUAAGUUGUCUUCUAUCCCUGCGCCUCGAGUUGGUGAGAGACUCUUCCUGGGGACCAAACAGUGUCCAGAGCCGACAAUAGGUUGCCAGUAUGUAGACCAUUCUUAUGGCCGAUUUUGCUCUGUUAUCUGAAGGCUUUUGUGAUUUUUGUUGACGUAUUUGGAGGUAACUGUGAAAGUUAAACUGUGAUUUACUCCUUAAGCCUGUGGGUCCUUGUCCAGGAGCAAAGCACCCUUAGGGUUUUCGUUGGUUGAUAUUUCGGGUAGGUAACGAACUACCCAUACUCUUUCUAUGCCCACGUUUACUUGUAAAUAUUGUUUGCAGAGUUUUCUACACUGGAUCUCUUAUUUUUUUUAAAGUGGAUUGCUUAUUUUUGAUGAAAUAUCUUUACCACGUGAUUAGAACAGACAAUGAUUACAUAAUAUAUUGAUCAAAAUUGUUUUUAUGUAUUGUCUGCGUUGACUGCCUAAACAAAUAAAAAAAUUAAAAUAA